AAUCCGUUAUCAAAUCCAUUUGGCGCUCUACUCACAACUGACUCCAUCCAUUCGAAAAUGCCCAGAUGCUAUUCGGAGCCCCAUAUUUGCCACUGCUUGACCCGGUUAUCAACUUUCCGACGUCAUUCUCCGGUGACUAUCUACGGCAGUAGAGUUCACACCGGAGAAAAGUUUGUUGACGGAAUUUUGGAUCUCGCUUCUGGACUCAUCAAUUUCGGUUUGAAAUCCGGUGACGUUGUAGCUAUCUCUGCCCUCAACAGUGAUCUAUAUUUGGAGUGGUUAUUGGCCAUCACAUAUAUUGGGGCAAUAGCUGCAACCCUUAACUACAGAUGGAGCUUGGAGGAAGCUUUAUUAGCAAUGCAAGAUGUGAAGCCAAUCAUGUUGGUGACCGAUAACGAAUAUACGCCAAAUUGGCAUUCAGAUUUCGAUACUCGUUCUAUUCCUUCUCUAACAUGGCAUGUUAUCAUGGACACAAAUAAUAGAUACAUCUCUACAGAAAACAUUAUAACUACCAGUAUGCUUAAAAUGCCUUCUCUGAGACCCCAUUCAUUCAACUACACUUCAAAUCGCGAUGGAGUAGCCAUAGUGUGCUUCACUUCAGGGACUACUGGGAAGCCAAAGGGCGUCAUGUUAAACCAUUCAGCUUUAAUCGUACAAUCUCUGGCCAAAAUCGCUACAGUUGGUUAUAACGAGGAUGAUGUGUAUAUGCAUACUGCUCCGUUAGGCCACGUGGGCGGACUAUCGUCGGCUUUAACCAUGUUAAUGGUGGGAGGAUGUCAUGUAUUGAUGCCCAAAUUUGAAGCUAAGUUGGCUCUUGAAGCUAUUGAAGAGUAUCGUGUGACUUCUUUCAUAACGGUUCCCACAAUUAUGUCCGAUGUAAUCUCUUUAAUCAGGACCAAAUAUACACGAAAAGAGUUACCAACGGUUAAGAAGAUUCUGAACGGCGGUGGCAGUCUUUCAAACAAACAAAUUAAAGAUGCAACCGACAUUUUCCCUAAUGCUAGACUUUUCACAGCUUAUGGUAUGACGGAGGGUUGUUCGUCGCUAACUUUUAUGACCCUUAAAGAUCCUACAAAGCAAAUAACUGUCGAGAAGAAGUUAGAUGUGGACAAUCAACAAGAGGGUGUUUGCGUUGGAAAGCCUGCGCCACAUGUGGAGUUAAAGAUUAGGGCCGAGGAUUCAACUCAUGUUGGACAGAUAUUAACGAGGGGGGCCCACCUAAUGAUUGGAUAUUGGGACCAAAUUCAAAAGAAAGAAAAUCAUUGCAACGAAGGCUGGCAUGAAACUGGUGAUAUUGGGCGGAUAGACGAUAAUGGUAAUCUAUGGCUCAUUGGGCGCAUGAAAGGGCGUAUCAAAAGUGGAGGCGAAAACAUUUAUCCUGAAGAGGUAGAAACGGUGAUAUUAAGACAUCCUGGGAUUUCUGCGGUUGCAGUCAUUGGACUUCCAGAUAACCGCCUGACGGAAAUGGUGGUUGCUUGCAUCCAAAUAAACCACGACUGGACAUGGACCAGUUCAGGUUCAGACCACUCGGGUAUCAAGCAAGAACAAUUCGUUUCGAGUGAAACCCUCCAGCAAUUUUGUAGAGCAAAUAAUUUGACCGGGUUCAAAGUUCCUAGAAGGUUUAUAAGAUGGAGUAAGAAAUUCCCAUUGACAACAAGUGGGAAACUGAGAAGAGAUCAACUCAAAAGUGAAGUUAUGCUUCACUUGAAAUUAUUCUCAAGCAGUCUAUAAAGUGACCAUCUAUGGAAUCGUCCUGUGCAUUUAUUUUUUUCAAAGGUUGACAAACUGAUGUAUCUAUAGAGAUUUAAUGGAAGCAGUAACGCGAUCAAAAGUAGCAUGACAAAGUUAUCUGAAUUUGGAUGGGUUAGAUAACGGGUCAAAACAUGUAUCUUUUAGCGAGUCAAUACAGAUUGGGUCGUGAGGGACGGACUCACCAAACUUUUUCUCUAUUCUAUUUUUCAUUGUCAUGUAUUUUUGUAUGCAUUUUGUAUUUAUUUGGGUCAUCUUUUGACCCGUUCCGUUCAAAUUAAAACUAUUUACCUUACCCGUUUAUAUGUAAUAGAGUUAAAAUUGUAAUCGUUAUCAACUAGCAACAGUGUGUAACUGCAAGUUUACAAGGUCAA